UAAAAGAUCCUGUUGAAAAGGGGAUUCCUGAAUUCAUCUGUUGGUAUAGUCAAGCAAAGAACAGGUGUCAGCUAGAUGAAGAUUCAAUUGUGGUCAGAACCUUCUAACCUUCUGUAAAAUUAUGGUUGAGGUAUUAUAUUUAACAUAGGAUUGUGAUGGCAAAAGGAGAAAACAACAGCAGACCAUAAAAUUUGAUUUGUAGAGAGGGUAUUCCACUGAAUUAUACACAUUUUAAAGCUUGCAUCACUAUAGCUUUAAUGUAAGUGAUAUCAAUGUAGCACACGGAACUACUGUCAGAGCUGAGAAUGUCAGAUUCAACCUGACUGCAGCUUUGUAACACGUUAGACUGUGGGGAAUGAAAGAUAAGCGCACUUAAAAUGUGAAAGUGGUCGGUUGUAUCUCCCCAGGUUAUUUUAUUUGCGAUUCUUUGGUAUAUUUAGCAGCAUCUUUUUUCGGCUCAGCAACACGAUCAGGAAGAAAAGCUGGGUUUGAGAUUUAGGAUGAGAGAUGGGAGUAUGUGAAAAGAUGAUGCCAGGCUUACUGAGAUUCCCCAGCAUCUCCUGUUUCUAUGCCAUAAAUCCAGUUUGGCAGCUAUGCUACUCCAAAUGUUGGAAGCACUGUCAGUGGUGACACUCAACCAAUCUUGGAGAUUAUCACUGAAGUUCUCCACCCCGGAAUACACUUUGAGUUCUUGCUACACUCAGAUGUUUCUUUCAAAUAAUGUUCAACACAGAACAACCAAUUCAUCAUCUGAGAGAAGGUCAUAGGUGGUAAUCAGUAGAAGAUUUUCUUCCUCAUAUUGACCUGAUACUUUGAGACUUCAUGGCGUUAAGUAAAGGACAGACAUUUCUUCCAAACAAACACCACUGUGCAGCCAUGGCUUAGGGGUCUCUCCUGCAGGUAGCAUGCAGGGAAGGCAAAGAAGGAAAUUGGAAUGUUGAUAGAAAGUUUCGGAGACCAAAGCACUGGUUUUAUUACUGAACUGUGACAUUGGACACCACUGUGAAGCCGAUUCCACACAACAUCAGUCACAAGACACAAAUCAACAACUCUUAAAUAUGGAGCCUGUGACAAAUGAAAUAAUGAAGCUGGGGAGGAAGGCCUCCUGCACAUGUCAUUUCUGCUUAUUUUUCGUGUUGCUAACAAUUGUUGAAGCCUUGUUAGCGUGUCCUACACACUGUUCUUGUAAAAAAUAUGAAGUAGACUGCAGCAAUCUAGGUCUUGUGACCAUUCCAACAGACAUUCCAUCAAACAUUAAAUUUCUCUCACUCAGCAACAAUAAGCUCAGCAGCUUGCAGGCUUUCACAUUCAUUAACUUUACCACAUUGGAGAAACUGGAUCUGUCUAACAACUUCCUGGACCAAUUGCCAGCAAAUGUAUUUGAUUAUAUCAGGAACCUGACUGAUCUUAACUUAAGAAACAACAGCAUUCGAAGCCUGGAUAAAAGUAUCUUCUACAAGACCACUAACUUGCAAAGGUUAGACCUUUCUGUUAAUGGCCUCUCUCAGAUUCCACAGCUCUUAUUUGAUGAAAUGCAGAACUUGACUUGGUUGAAUUUGGAAGAAAACAGGAUGCCAAACCUCGAAAGAGAGGCCUUUGAGCCACUGGAACUUCUUCGGCAGUUGCAACUUGGUGGAAACCCUUGGGAAUGUGAUUGUAGCCUGAGGGACUUCAAACAUUGGAUGGAGUGGUUCCUCUACAAAGGUGGAAAACUUGAUGGAAUUGAAUGUUCUUUGCCAAAAGACCUCCGUGGGAAAGAUCUCAGAGCAGUUCCAAUAGAGAUGUUCAACUAUUGCAUCCAACUGGAGGAUGAAAACAAAUCCUCAGGAGAUGGAAAAGUAGUCACAAGCCCUCCCUGUAUGAAACAGGAGGUCAGCACCCCAAGGCCACAUUACUUUCACACUUCAGAUUGCAUGAGACAACGCUAUCGCCCUGUCAGUGUCAGGCGAGCCAUUGGAACAGUCGUUGUUGCUGGGGUCUUGUGUGGCAUUGUUUGCAUCAUGAUGGUGGUGGCUGGGGCAUAUGGUUGCAUUUAUGCCUCCUUGAUGGCAAAGUAUCAUCGAGAGCUUAAAAAACGACAGCCGCUGAUGGGAGAGGGUGAGCAAGAGCAGGACGACCAAAAGCAGGCUUCCUCCAUGGCAUGAGGAUUGGGUACAAUGAUAGCAUUGGUCUGAAUGGGGAAUAAAAAAGCUGCCUUCAUCAGUUUUCUCCAGCUCCGGCCUUUAUGCGCUUUGUGCAGUGUUGAUACAAAUAUUGACUUGUUAGUUUCAUCACAGUAUUGGAAAGCACAAAUCAUUUAAUGAAACAUGUCCUACAGGCCAGGAUGCUGCUUAAUUUGUUUUCUGAGCCUUGACAGGAUAUUUUAGUCUCUGAUAUGGAGAAUUCUAGAGAAAGGAGGAAGGUCGUCUUGAAAAUUCUUUUGCAUGAAAUUUUUUUGACAGUAGUUAGAAUUCAAGGCAAAAAAUGGCUGUUUGCAUCUUUGUACCUGCAGCUGGCUCCAGUACUUAAAGGAAAAUAUACCGAAACUUUCAGUUUUUUCUAGGGUUUUUGUGUGCAUGAAAUAACUCUGAAUUUCAGCAUCAACUGCUAUUCAUUAUGGGAAUCUCAUUAAGCCAUUCCUUAUAUAGUUCAGAAGUAAAGCUAGCCCUUAUUCCAGUUGGGUAAUAUCUUCUGUAAUUGUAAAAUGUUGUUUGGUACUUAAUGAUACUUAACAGCUUAUUUUUAGGAUAUGCAAUCAAACAAUUUUUCUAAGUAUUUCACUAGAGCAUCUUAACUAAAGUUGCUAGAUAUUUCUUUGUCAUUUUAAUACACUUGUCAUACAUUCAUUUACCAUAAAAAUGAGAAAGACCUUUCACCAUCCAAAUUGACACAAAAUGUUGGAAUUUUGAGUGAUUGAGAAGUUAUAAUAAAGAGGUUCAACAGCAAUAUAAAUAAGAAAACAUUCCAAACAGUAGUGUAAUGACAGUGUUCAAUUAGAUACUCAAUAUAACAAGAACAAAAUUAUUUUUUAGGGUUGAAUGGGCAGCAACAUCAUAAAGUUUAAUUUCUGACGCCAUUUAAUGCAGCUGCAGAAUUUUAAUGCAGGGCUUUAGAUGCCUUUUCCUGAUAACUAUAUAAGAUAAUAAAUCUCAUUAAAAUGUCCCAAAAUCAUAAUUAUGAAAAUAUACCUUGAAGUAAUGCAUCAAUGAAAUAACAGGGAGAAUUUUAAUAUAUUUGAUAUGUUUUGAAUGAGAGGGUAGGUGAAAGUGACAUAUUGGAAAUCCGAUGGCUGAAUUGUUCUGAGGAAUUUGAGGACCCACAGUUGUAACUGAGGUGGGAGGUGAUCCUAUUCCAGCAUGUGGCGGGACUCUAUGGAGGCAUUUUGCCCACGGCAAUUAAGGACUCUGGUCCAACAUGAUAGCUUUGAACACUUUCAGAGGGCUAGCCCUAAUGUUAGCAAUGCCAACAUUAUUGCUUAACAAUUCUAAGAUUGUAUCACCAAGUAGAAGGCCCUUUCGUAAUCAGGUGCCCUUGAAGAGAGUUGGGAUUUCUGAGGCAAGAAGGGACAGGCAGAUAGGAACAUUCCACUGGCACCAUCUUCGGUGCAGAAAAUAUUAUUGAUGCUGGGGAGCUGUUCUAUUGAACAUGCAACAUCCAUUUCUCUUGGCGGUGGUAACCCAGUGUGAAGUUGCUGCUAAGCUUCCCACAACUGACGAUAUGCCAUUGUGGCUGAACUUCUUGAGUUUACUUUACCGUUCCACUUCACUGCCAUAUUGCCAGCUGACCCGCUUGCCAGCCCGUCUCCAAAAGACUGAAAAAAUCCAGCGCCAGAAGUCUGUCUUUUCUCAAAUGCUACUUCACACUUUAUGAUUUAUAUCACGGACUGGCCCUCCUCUUGGAAGCCUGCUUGAUUUGUCAGUCUCGGCUUCCAGUAAUGAGAGGAAUACUUGAGGCUGUAUGAUAAAGUAUCCGAGGUGGUGUCACCAUAUCUGACAGUAUGGAGGAUGUGCAAUCCCAUGAGGGCACUCCAAUUCCUGAGAGAGGGGAUGCUCUGAUUCAUGUUGUUGGGACACGUGACUUGUCCUCCACAGCCUUCUGUGAUGCAGAAUUACAUAGGUUCACUACAUAUCUCUCUGAAAUGCCCUACCACAUAUUGUGAGAUCAUAAUCCCUUGUUCUGGAACUCCCCAGCCAGGUGAAACAUCAUCCCCACAUUCAGUCAUUACAACUGUACAUGUUUCAAUGAGGUGCUCUUUCAUUCUUUUAAACUCCCAGUGAAUACAGGCCCAGUUGGCCUACUGUCUCCUCAAAAGGCAAACCUGUUAUCCCAGGAAUCAGUCUGGUGAAUGUUUGCUGCCUCUCUCUAUGGUAAUCAGAUCAGAACUGCACAUGAUACUCCAAACGUGGUUUCAGCAACACCCUGCAGCAACUGUAAGAUCUCCUUCUUCCUAUAUUAAAACCCACUUACAAUGAAGGCCAUCAUGCAAUUUAUUUUCCUAACUGCUUGUUGUAUCUGAUGCUUUCCUUCCAAUGACCAGUGUACAAGGACACCCAGGUCCCUCCUAACAUUAACCUUGCUUGCUUUCCCAUUGAUUAGAUUAGAUUCCCUACAGUGUGGAAACAGGCCCUUUGGCCCAACAAGGCCACACUGCUCCUUGAGGCAUCCGACCCAGACCAAUCCCCUGUAAUCCACACACCCCUGAACACUAGGGGCAAUUUAGCAUGGCCGAUCCACCUAGCCUGCAUAUCUUUGGACUGUGGGAGGAAACCAGAGCGCCCGGAGGAAACCCACGAAGACACGAGGAGAAUGUGCAAACGUCGCACAGACAGUUGCCCGUGGCUGGAAUCGAACCUGGGCCCCUAGCACUGUGAGGCUGCAGUGCUGACCACUGAGCCACUGUGCCACCCAUUGAAGUGGGCAACUUCUCAUUUAUCCGUGAAGAUCUGUGGUUAAGGACUAGCCAUAACCCCCUGGAAUUAAUUUCUUGAAUUUGUGUUGCUCACAAUUUUUAAAACAUAUUUAAUCUUUGUUCUUGGUUGAGCCUCUAAAACAAAAAUGGCAUUCCUAGUAAUAGUUAUGCCACCUAAAAUUGCCAUACACUUGGAUCCAAAGUUUUAAAGUGAUUGUUUGCUGCUGUCUUCAGCCUAAGUUACUUCAUGAUAGGAAGGGAAUUUGGGUACUAAGCAGUGAUUGGAGAAAAAGUAGGGAGGUGACCAAAAGGGUUGGUUUUGAGGGAUUUUUGAAAGUGAUAAAAGGUGUAAGAGUGUAAGAAUCUUUGGAAUAGAAUUCUGGACAGCAAGACUGAGAUGAUUAAUAUGUGGUACUAGUGAGUUUUGAGAAGAUUUGUAGCUCAGGUUGAGGUUCUGGAUGUGAGUUUGCUCACUGAGCUGGAAGGUUAGUUUUCAGACGUUUCGUCAC